CCGCCUUUCCCCUCAGCGGCUGCGCGCCGCGGGCACCGGCCUCCGCUCGGCCGCCUCAGGCCGCCCUCUGUUCGCGGCGGCCUGCCGGUGCGACUGCAUGGCCGGGGACGCGCCGGGGCCGCCGGUGAAGGUGCUGGCCGCCCAGCUGCGGGGGGCGGUGCGGGGCGCCGGCGGGACGUGGCUGUUGGGCCGGGCGGAGGCGGGCCGGGCGCCGUUGCGCCUGCGGGCCGUGUGGAUGCAGGGCACCGUGCUGGAGGUGGAGCGCGGCGGCGCCCGCGGCGGCUCGGCCCGGCUGCAGGACGGCAGCGGCCCCUUCACCGUGCUGGGGGUGGAGGAGGUGCCCAAAGGGCGGCCCUGCCUCAGCGCAGGGAAGUAUGUAAUGGUGAUGGGUGUGGUGCGCUCCUGCAGUCCUGAGCCUAUUCUUCGAGCAAUAAAGAUGACAGAUCUUUCUGAAAAUCCCGUGCAUAAGAAUAUGUGGAGCCUUGAAGUGGAGGAUUUGCAGAGAGUCAUCCCCUAGAUACUUUUUCUUCUGCCUAAAAUAUCUGGAAGUGUACUUUUUUUUUUUUUUGCUGCUGCUGCUUCUUGGUGCAGAACACUGGGCCAUUCUGUGUAUUUGUGGUUUCAAACAACUACCAGUUAGUUUUGGAGUAAACUGAAGUGAGAAGUCAGGCUCCGAGUUAAGUGGAGGGAUCAGUGCAGAUAAUCACAAUGUUCAUCUCUUUCACAGUCUCUUUUUAUACCAACAGAUUUGAGAAACACUUGAUGCUUUCUGUGUAACAUGUCUAUGCUGUUAAGAAUACUACAUGUUUCUUCAUAUGUUGGUUGCUGUUGCUAGGAACAUGUGUUUAGAUAGUCAUUCCUAUAGUGGGGUAUUCUUGGCAGAAAGGGCUGCACAGAACUCGUGUUACCAGGGUGAACUCAAUAUGUGGAAUGAAGGCAAAAUGUGUUUCAGUCCAUUUAGACUGUGGUUGGAAAUAACAUCUUCGUCUGUGUUUUCUCUUUCAGUAAUAACCAUGUCAGUAAACUGCUUGUAAGAGAGAUGUCUCUUUCUAACUGUAAGCAGAGUCUUGUACUUCAAUAUCUCUCUGGUUUCUGUGUUUCUGAAAUACUGAAAGUGGUACAGUAGUAACCCAUGUAUUCCAAUGAAGUGAAAUUAACUGAAAAGAUGCGACACAGGAUUCCUUGGAAUAGGUUCUUCAGGUUCAAGAUGCAAAUCCCUUUACCACCUUAUGAAACAAGCUUGCUGUGCCCAAGUGCAUUUUUCUUUUUGAAGGUUUCCUUUCUUGUUCCAAUGUAUGCUAUUUUUAGUUGUUUAAAUAAUUUUAAAAUAUAUUUUAUUUUUAUCUUUCUUUCCUCCUCCUCUGAAAAAACCCAAUGAAAUCAAAUCAAAAAACCUCUAAAAAGCACAACUAUUACUAUUUAUUUCCCACCUUGUCUAAAGAGAAUUUGAGUCCUAAAGAAAGCAUUGCAUUAUCCAUGUAGUAUGGCUUUGUAGUUUGGGACUGUAUUGUCCAGCAAUACAUUUAUGUUAAUUAGGAAUGCAUAUAGGAAGGGAAGCUACUCUCUGAUUGUACUCUGUACAAUAUAAGACAAGAAUCGAGUGGUGGUAACUAAAUUUUAAAAUUGUGGGAUUAUGUUUUCAAAGCGUAUGGAAAUAAAAAACUGUCUUUUAAGUAGAUCUUUAAAUGAGAUCUUUACAGAUUAAGGACUGGAUUUCAGAGUGCAAUUCCAGCCUUGAGUUCAGUAUUCCAAAUCAGACCACAUCAGAGGGAGUCGUGUAAUGGAACUCCUGUGCUCUGAGACCCUGCUGAUGAAAUGCCAAAACACACGUAUGUACAGAAUUUUGGCAGUCUGAGUUUAUUUAUUAUUUUUAAUGCUGGGAAAAAGCCACUUGUGGAAUGCUGUAGCCUUUCAGAAAUGAUCCAUGUGGUCAGCAUAUUGGCUGGCAACUGUUUUUAUCUGGCAAUAUUUUUCCAUAUGAAUGCUUCUUAUGCCAGGAACCUGAAGCUCUUUCCAAAUAGGUUCAUCUUGCCAUGCUUUCUAACUAGGCAGUAAACCCCUGAAAAUAAAAGAGCUAAAAGGUCUGCUGCAUCCUUGCUAGUGUCAGUAAAUUUAUGGCAGAAUUAAAUAUGGCUUGUAGCCCCUGUUGUAUGUAGUUGAUGGGUGCACAGUGUAGUUGCUAGCAGGAGUGAAGCUACCAUUAAUCCAUCUGGCAGUGAUGUGUAUUCACUGAACACAUCUGAAAAGUGGUAUUUGGAUUGGACUGGAUUUACAUAGGGCUGGAUUGGAUUUGUAGAGGAUUUCUUUGCAUCUCACCACCAUCUCCCAUCCAGAGGUUCAUGAGUUGAAGCAUCAGGGGUUUCUUUGCUCACUUGUAUGUAGUCAAUUCCAAGCAUAGUAAGAUCUAGAUCUCUUCAUUGCUUGAUUUAGGGUGUUUCAGUAUUUGUCUGGCUCUGUACUGUACACUUGACCUCACUAAAAACCCAGACGUAAACUCUGGUUCCACCCCCCUAACAAGUUUCACAUAUUUGAUUAGUACAAAGCUGUAAAUAUUGCUUGGCAGUUGAUUGGAAGGAGGAGAUCUGCUGCUGAACUGAAGUAGUGCUUCAGAAACGCCUGCGAUUACAUUAGUAAAACAGUAACUGUUAAUGGUUUUAAAGCCAAACUGGAUGCUUUUAUGACAGUUCACAUUAAAAAGUGCUUUCCUAGGAAUUCAAAGCAAGAGACGCUUUUAGCAAAGUUGAAUGUCAAGCUUCUAAAUGAAAGACUCCCAGUGAUUGCUUUGACUUGGAGUUUAGGUGUGCUUUACCUAAUGAGUGGCUGAUGCUGCUUAUGGCUAUUGGUGGCUUCUGUACCAUGUAGGUUUAAGGGUUGGGCUGAAGUGCCUCACCUCUGGGUUUCCACAGUUUGGCACUGUAGGGCUCUACCAGGGUAGUGGGAAUUCUCACUUUUCCACAUCUUAACUCGUGUCUCAAGUUCCACAGUAGAACAUCUGUUUAUCUGUGAUUUUUGUUGCUGUUGUACAGCAGAGCAUGCAACUGAGAAGUUAGUUACAGGGUGAGGGGCUUCUCUAGCCCUGUCUUGUGGAGGGGGCGGUCAAAGCUGGGAUCUUUUUCUAAGACCGCUUGGUAUUUGGACCUUGAAGAGGGCAGGAGAAUGGUUGUAGAUUGCAGGAGGGCUUCUGCGUGUUCUGUGUUAGCUCUAUCAUAACUGGAACAAAUCUGGAUUUAUCUCAGAGCACAUACCAGUAUCUGGGGAACUCAACUGGCAGAACCAUGAGGCUUUGUGUAUUUUAAACUUUAUAAACCUGUGAUAGAUCCUCAAACCCUCAACUUUGCUGCUAAGUUUUGGGGCAUAAGUUUGUGUGGUAUGCAUAAAUGUCUGUGAACUUUGUGGUAUGCAUAAAUGUCUGUGAACUUUGUGGUAUGCAUAAAUGUCUGUGAACUUUGUAGAUCUGGAGUUUCUGUAUAUGACCUAUAUAAAGGACACGUUGAAGAUGA